UGCAUGGUAUGGUUAAGUUCAUUUAGUGGGAGUAAUUUGCGUGGAAGUGAAAUGUUGUAUAGUUUAGCUGUAUUUACGGCUGCAAGACAUGGCCGGCUGAAGGAUCUUAAGGUCUACUUACGUACUGGAUCUAAGACAAGAAUCAAGAGGUUAGUGUCCUGCUAUACCAACGGAUCCACACCUCUACUGGUGUCGUGUUUCUUUGGCCAUUUAGAUGUAGUUUUAUUUCUUUUGCAUAAGUGCCAUGCAGAUCCGGAACAGGUAGGUUCUGUGGUAAUAGCUGACGAAACUCUUGAAGGUGUUUUCCCGAUGUGGUGUGCUGCAGCUGCUGGACACUUAAAUGUAGUUAGAGCUCUCCAUUUAUUCAAAGCAUCGCUCAAUAGCACCACGAAAGCUAAUUCCACUCCUUUACGUGCAGCUUGCUAUCAUGGACACGAAAGCAUAGUAAAAUAUCUUGUACAAAAUGGUGCUGAUAUUGAAAUUGCAAACAAGUACGGACACACACCCCUCAUGAUUUCUUGUCGUAGAGGUCAUUAUGAAAUUGCAAGAUUCUUAGUGUACAAUGGAGCCAAUCUGAAUAGAAAGACUUUGAAAGGUAAGACUGCUUUGCAUGCUUGUGCUGAAUCUGGUCACUUGGAUAUACUUAAAUUACUUUUACAUCAUCAUGCUGUUUUUGAUGUUGAUGCUUCCGAUAUCACACCUUUAUUAUCUGCGUCAAUGAAUGGCCGUGCACAAAUAGUGGAUUACUUUAUCCAAGAAUUUUCAUUCUCGAAGCAAGAUAAAAUAAAUGCAGUUCAAUUAUUAGGUGCGACAUUUAUGGAUAAGCACUCGGAUAUGAUGAAGGCAUAUCAGUAUUGGCGCCUUGCAGUGAAAUGGCGAUGUGAAGAUCUUGAAUACCAUCAUGUAAACCCAGAAGCAGCAUCCUCGGUAGUAGCUUCGGUAGAUGCACAGUUCUCAACAUCUUUUAUGGGCGUUUCUGAAGCUUAUACUUUUGCUCAAUUGGAAGAAAUAUUUGGUGAUCCAGACAAAAUGCAAGUACAUGCUUUAAUUGUAAGAGAAAACAUUCUUGGUUGUUGUCAUCCUCAAACGUGCUUGUAUGUGCAAAACAGAGGGUAUAUUUAUGCUCAUAACGGGGAUGUUGAGCGCUUUAUGCAGUUGUGGAUGUACCGCCUAGAAGUAUACCAAGAGUUGUUUGAACCAUUCAGUCGGGGUAUCCUAAAGUUAUUUAAGUAUUUUAACAUAUUCCUUGCAGUCUUGAUGUGUAAAGCUUCUGCUAAUGAGUUACAUAUCCCUAUUCCUGCAAAGCAAAUUCUGGUUGUGUUGCAAAAACUGCUGAAAGAAAUGGAACGUGCCUUUGAAAUAUCAUACAAGAGUGAACAAAAAUUAACUUAUAGAUCUGAGUUUCAUGAAAUUAUGCUUGUUGCUAUGCAUUUAGUACUUUGCAUCUGUGUAUUAAAAUCCCAAUUAAAUGGAGAUGAUUUAGAUUUUAAAAGAGCUGUUUACAAGCUAAUUAAAAUGAAUCCCCUUACCCGUAAUGGCUCGACACCUCUACAUGUUGCUUGUGUAAACCUUUCACAUGUACAUGAAGAGUAUUUUUUGCAUAUAUUUCCUUCAUCUAUAGUUGUCAAUCUUUUACUCGAAGUUGGUGCCUGCCCUAAUACUGUAGAUUUUGAUAAAAAUACUCCACUUCAUGUAGCAGCAAUGAACCAGGGAAGUUGUACACUAAAAAUAAUUAAAGCUCUUUUAAAUCAUGGAGCUCACCUUGAUCAACGUAAUCGUGAAAAGAAAACUCCUCUUUACUUUAUCAGAAGGGCAGCUCUUCCAGGUAUUUAUCCUUUAAGAUACACCAGUUUGCAAUGCCUCUGUGCGCAAGCUAUUCAAAGACGAAACAUACCUUAUAAAGGGAAACUGCAUAAAAAAUUAGAAGCAUUUAUAGAUACUCAUUAAAAGUUAAUGAUAGUCUGAAUUUUAAACUGCAUUUAAACUUUGAUAUCUGUAACUGAGUAUGUUAUAUAGAACGUAAGAUUUUGAUGAAAUUAGCCUGCAUGCAGUAAAACUGUCAUCAUUGAUUCAUAUGCAGAAAUGAGCUUGUUUCCUAAGUUGAGAAUGUCUCCCGUUUCUCAGAAAAAUUAAAAUUACAAAAUAUCUCGAUUAUUAAUUUUUACUUUUCACUAAAGAAAAUGCUUUCCUAACAAUGAAUAAAAUUUUUGAAUUAAUGAAA